AUGUCUUCGUCUUUCUUUUUGAAAGGCAAGUCCAGGAAAGUUCAGAAACGGAAAGGAGAGAAAAUCAAGAAAAAGAAUCCUAAAAAGCCUAACGCGCCUAACCUAGAAAAUGGGCAGGAAUCCUCGGACAGUGAAUUGGAUAUACGAAAGUUUUCUGAUGCAGAAGAGUCUGAAAGUGAUCAUGAAACUGCUGAGCAAAAGAAGUUACGUCUAGCUAAGAAGUACUUGGAGGAAAUUGAAAAAGAGGAAGCGAAGAGAGCAGAGCUCAAAGAAGUAGAUGAUGCGGUUGAGAACCGUCUUAAAAAAGACUAUUUGGAACAGAAAGGUAAAUUAAAAAUAGAGAUAGCUGACAAGUAUAUAGAACCAGGUGAAAGUGACCUAAGGCUUAUUCGUGCUAAAGAACAUCGUCUAACAUUGACCUGUGUGUGUAUCAGCAGUGACAAUAGUUACGCCUUCACUGGUAGCAAAUGUGGUUCUAUUAUCAAAUGGGGUAUCAAUGAGAAACGGAAAAUGGGCAGUCUAACUUUCAAAACUCAUUCCAAGUUUAUUAAAGGUAUGGUAAAGUCUUUGACAAUAUCAACAGAUAGCAAAUACUUGGUUUCAUCGGACGAGUCUCCGUACAUACAAGUAUGGGAUCCAAGCACACUCAAGCAUAUCUACACAUUCAAGGGCCACAAAGAUGAAGUAACAGGACUAGUGUUUAGGAAAAAUACACAUGAUUUGUAUUCAGCCAGUAAAGAUAGAUCAGUUAAAAUCUGGUCAUUAGACGAGAUGGCUUAUGUGGAAACUUUGUUUGGACACCAGUCACCCAUCACUUCAAUUGAUGCACUAACCAGAGAGAGGGCAAUAACAGCAGGAGGAAGAGACACCUCAGUUCGGAUAUGGAAGAUUGCUGAGGAGUCACAGUUGAUAUACAAUGGUCCAGUGGGCAGUCUGGAUGAAGUAAAGCUAUUAGAUGAAGAGCAUUUUGUAUCUGGAAGUGAUAAUGGUUCAUUAUGUGUAUGGAGUGUGCUUAAAAAGAAACCCCUGUGCACAGUACCAGAAGCUCACGGUUCUGAAAAUGAAGUACCAAGGUGGAUCACAAGUUUGGCAACUUUACUGAACUCUGAUGUGUUUGCGUCAGGGUCUUAUGAUCUUAAUAUUAGGCUAUGGAAAGUAUCUGACCAAUAUAGGAAGGUGACACCUAUGUUUAGUGUACAAGUCAGUGGUUUUGUAAAUUCUAUGCAGUUUACAAGUGACGGUAAACAGUUGCAUGUUGCUGUAGGACAAGAACAUAAGGCAGGCCGAUGGUUCAAAUUAGGAAGUGCCAAAAAUGGACUAUUAGUUGUUAAUUUUACUAUUAAGUAA